GGAAGAAGAAACGGCGAAAGGAAGAGGAGAACAAAGAAAGAAGAGAAAGACGUGAAGAGAAGAGGGGAACUUGGAAGGAAUGGAGCGACGCCGCGUUGACGUGAGGGGAAAAAGGGAGGAGAGCCAACAAUCUUCAACCUCCAAUUCCCGGGUUCGGUGCACAUCGCCCACCAAUUACUCCCUCCCUAGUCUACCUCAUCUCAUUUCCCUCCUGUGCUCUGCAUUUACGCCAGUCGUGCUUUGCUGCUGUUCCCUGCCGUGUAACAGACUUGCCAACCAGACCGUUAGGCCUGACCGCAGACAAGAUAGCGGCGCAGCCAAGAAUGAGUCCUUAAACACACCAACCUGGCAAUUGACAGGAACACUAGCGGUCAGGCGCCUGGCACCAUGAUUCGUCCACUUAUAAGAUCGAGGUCAGAAUUAAGUUUCUAUAGUCAAUAGUGGUAU